AAUUUCUGAAAGGUAAACGAACAAGUGCCUCGCCGGGCUCAGUGAUCAGGAAAAUGACUGUGAAGGAAAAUGGCUGGAGAUCUCGGAGCAGUUCCCGGAUCAGGCGGCUGCCGGCAUGUCUUGCUGGUUCAGAAACACUCCAUGUCCCCAACUCACACCCACGGGUAGCCCCGUUGCUUGAGACUUGUAGAAUUUCGCAAUCCUAACGACAUGCCUUCUCCCCCAAUAUCCUUCGAAGCCUUGAUGAAGGCGAUGAUGCCAUUGGAAAAAGACACCGUUCAAACAGGUCGGCAGCACGACGGAAACGAGUACCGCGACGACUCUACAGACCGGCUAGUGAACGAGCGUGAGAAGAACCCCCGGUGGGAGCGCCCGAUCUCAUGGUACCAGCGCCGGCGGGCCGUGGCGGUCUAUGCUGGUGUAUCUGUGGUGCAGCUCGUCAUCGCCGUUGGCCUGGCCGUACUUCUGGCCCGGACCCGGCCGAGCUGCGGCGUCAGAUCCUCUAUUGUGAGUUUCCCUGCCGUUCCCAUCGCCCUCGCCGUUCUGGCGGUGUCUGACCUGGCACCGCUCUGGCUAGCGCCCGCAAAUGAGGCCAUCGACUGGAGUGUUCAGGAGUUCGACUCGGGCAACGGUCUGCACGGCAACUUCAUCGGCCCGCCGCGGCCGGCACUGGAGAAGGCGUGGGCGGAGCUCCUGAGGCCGAUGAACCUUCGACUAGGCAGAGAGGACAUAGUCGCGUACCAUCGCGAGGGCAACGCAGUAGCGCUGAGUGAUGGUUCCGGCUACGCGGGGAGCUUGAAUGUCUACCACGAGCUGCACUGCGUGAUCGCACGGGCUUCAUGUCGGGGGCCGGACACACACGGCGGAUCUGGCCCCCUUUGCUCCGCUGCCUAG